GAGAGAAAGAGGUGACCGUAGAGUGAUGGGACCCGGCUGAGGGAAGAGCAGCGAGUGAUCACUCUCCGAGCUGGUAAUGACAGGCAGGUAGACAGAUGUGAAGGAUGACUUCUUGUUCGGAGAUCUGUGGGUCAGAGUAUGCUGAGCAAGCUCAAGCCAGCGGGAACUGUCAGCAGUAUGGAGUCCGCUCCUACCUACACCAGUUUUAUGAGGAGUGCACAGCUUCUAUCUGGGAACGUGAUGAAGAUUUUCAGAUUCAGAGAUCGCCUAGCAGGUGGAGCUCUUUACUCUGGAAGGUCUGUCUCGCGUUUGGCACCCUGAUCUUGUUUGCAGGCCUCAUCGUUGUUUUGGUGGGUUAUGCCACUCCAGCCAGGAUUGAAGCAUUUGGCGAGGAUGAUCUCCUUUUUGUUGACAGCCAUGCUGUCAGUUUCAACCGCGCACUGGAUGUCUGUAAGCUGACGGGUGCUGUGCUGUUCUGUGUGGGAGGCACCGCCAUGGCUGUAGGUCUCCUGCUGUCUGCCUUUGCCAAAAGCUACUCCAAAGAAGAACUGUAUCUGCAGCAGAAGUUUAAGGAGAGGUUGGCCGAUCUGCACGCAGUUGGUACCCCCAUAAUGAGAGCACCGACCCCCGGAGAGGGAAAGGUGCCAGUCACACUUUCCAAAGUCCAGAAUAUCCAGCCAACGACCACAAAAUCAGAGACCUGACAGAAGUCCAGAUGAAGGCAUAAAGUGAAGAAGUGCACGUGUGUGUAAUGACUGAUCGGUGUGCAGACUGCGCGUGAGUGCGAACACGUGUGUGUAUGUCGCUCUAUGUGUGCAUUUUCUCUUUUGAAAGGUCAGCUUACAUGACUGAUAGUAUUGGCUCUUCAUCUUUAUUAGCUGUGUUUGACAUUAAAGCUUGAUUUUAAGGUUAUAUGGGCGCAGAGUUAAUAUGGCUGAGCGAAGUUUAAAUCUGCUGUUUGAACGUCAGUUGUAUGAAAUUCAUAGUAAUCUCACAAAGCACAUGCAGGACUUGGAGCCCUACCCAGAAAACAAACCACAAAACAAAUCAAUAGAACUCAGCCACUGAACAACAACAUCAUAGAUUCCACUGAGUAUCUCUCUGUCCAGAGGAUUCACAUUUUGUAAAAGGGGUUGGUGUUGCUGCUAGAGGGUGCAGAGCAGCAGAUGCAAUGUUUGAAGUGGUGAUUGGCCCCCAUACACAGAAAUGAUCAAAAGAGGUAGUGAACUCAACAACCAUUAUCUCUGCCUUGUGUCUAAAAGGACAUCAGAGGAGUGUGUCUAUGUUCAGAAUACUUUGUGUGUAUAUGUAUGUGCAGCGCAAAUUCAUUACAACACUCACGGUAAGAGCUGUUGAUCAAAACCGCACAAUAUGAACACAUUAUUAUUAUUAGCUUAUAAAUACUUCUUUUAAAUCCUGUUUCCGUACAACAAGAAAUCAAGAAAAGUCUUAACAGGUUAUCUGCUUUUAGUUCACACAUCGUCAGAACAGAUUAGAGAUAAACACAUAUUAGAACAGACCUUAAGGGUAGAUUUCACAUUUGGCAUUUUCUUCUGCCCUGUUAGGCCUCUGACCUUGUCUUUUUCAGUGAAUCUUCAGACAGGAUCGAUAGGCGAGACCAGACAGGCUGAUGAAAGUACAAUGAAGCAGACAGAACAUGCAGAACUACAUAGUCUGUCACUUAAAAAAGAAAAAAACAUUUUACAGAUUACUUCUCAGAUAAUACAAAUAAGGCAUUCAUCUUGCCUUGUAUCUCAUAUGAAAAUAUUUUUUCUUUUUUACUUUACCCAUGUUCUUACUUUUCUCCCUCUCUAGACACACACCCAUCCAUCCAAGCAUACACAUUUUUGCAACAUUUUGAAUGAAAUUGUUGUCAGCUAUGAGUCACGAGUCGGUAAAAAGAUGAGCAGGUGCUGCACGUUAAAAUGAAGAGAGACAACAACAACAGAUGUGUUACGUAACAGGCGGAUGAAGAGAGUACAUUCAGCUCUCCAAUGUGCGACAUCUUGUUCGACAGUGCUCAUUGUUUUCGGUCUGUCUGGAACCCGCAGACGAUUUAGAUACAAUAACUGCCUUCCUGUGGUAAGACACACAUUUCAAAAUACCUAGGAUACAGUAUUCAGUAUGUAAUACUGUUAAAAUCAGCAUCAAAGCUUUUUAUUAACCGGUUGCAUAUUCACUUACAUAUUACAGUAUACUUGAUGUCAAAAAAAAAAAUGUUACAUCAAAAGGUUUUUUGUUUUAAAAAAUCUGUUAUAUAUAAGCUUGGCAGUCACACACUGUAACUUCAACUUAGAAGCACAACAAAGCUGUUAAUGGUCAUGUUUUGCUGCUUUUUAAAACUUUUUUGUCUAUAUUUAUUCUAAAUAUGUUUUUGAAUAUUGUGACCACACCAUUUUAAAUUGUUCUGUUUGUUGUUUAUCUUUUGAAUUCAUUGCACACAGAUACAACUUAUACUGUAAGUUUAUUACCGUACUUGGUUAGAACAAUGGUGGUAGUCACAAUCCAAGUGCCAUCAAGCUACAUGCCUCCUACUGUGCAUCAAUGCUGCAGGUCCUUCGAGAAAAUUUCCCCUCUUCAGAUACAUGCAGCAACAAUGCCAGAUACUUACUGUAUAAAAUAACAAACUUCUACACUGGCUACUUACUCUAUGUUCAUGUAAGUUGACCUUUUAAUUAUUAUUUCUACAACCUCCACUUUUCUGUCUUUCUACUUUUACGUAGAAAAAUCCUGUGAUGUCAUUUAAAAACAUUUGGUCUUAGAUACAACAUGUAGCUAUAACUACAAUGAACAAUCUGUUAACAAUUAAGACAUUUACAAGAAACUUACUCACAAACCCACAGUACAAAAAGAAAAAGACAACGUGUUAUAAACAAACCCUCCUGUGUGGUCGGAGCAUCAUUUAGUGGUCAAAAAAUGUGCCGACUUGUAGUUCCAUGCUGUAAAUUGUGUUUAUUUUCAUCCUUACAUUGACCAAAGUUGAGUUCUACAUUACAAUACCACAUUCACAAUGGAUACUUUUUUCUGCUUUUAAUCUGACCAUGAAAAAAAUGGUCUCCCAGUUUAAGUGUGUCCUGAUGUAACAGUGGAUUCUCCCAGUAAAUAAAAAGAUAUAUACUGUAGGUACUGGAGGUUGGAUUGGAUAAAGAACAAAUAUAUAUCAAUGUCUAUACAGUAUGUCUAUUUUUCAAAGAACACAAUAAAAUUGAAAUA